GUGGCAAUGGAUCCAUGUGCUUCAAGAUGACCAAAUAGCAUCAUUUGGGCCGCCGUUCAGAACGGCUUAAUUUUUCCAGCAAACUCCUCUGCUCCUAGCCUCCUACCCGUCGCUUGCUUCCAAUUCCCAGUCUUCGUUUAGUUUAACCACUACUGCUGGCGAAGCUGAGCAUACGACCAUCAGUAAUCAUCUUCGAGUGGACCUAGCCUUUCUAUGCCAUAAGGCUCGUUGCUAAUGGCGGGAGAUGUUGCCACUUUAUCGUCCUCCCCCGGAAUGACGGAGAGGAGAGGAAUUCCGGCGGCGGUCUUCGUGGAAGAUGUUCAGAUGUAUCUGAACGAUUCCGGUCUUGAUGUUAACUCAGCUCUCGCCUUCCUUCAAGAAAGACUUCAGCAAUACAGGGUGGUUGAAAUGAAGCUUUUGGCUCAGCAGAGAGAUCUUCAGGCAAAGAUUCCUGACAUUGAGAAAUGCUUGGAUAUUGUUGGCACUUUGCAAGCUAAGAAGGCCACUGGUGAGGCUCUAAUUGCUGAUUUUGAAGUGUCCGAAGGAAUUUAUUCCCGGGCUCGUAUAGAAGAUACAAAUUCUGUAUGCCUGUGGCUAGGAGCAAAUGUCAUGCUGGAGUAUUCAUUUGAUGAGGCCACUUCCCUUCUUCAGAAGAACUUGGAGAAUGCAAAAGCUAGCUUGGAGGUUCUUGUAGCUGAUCUCCAGUUUUUGAGGGACCAAGUGACAAUUUCUCAGGUCAUGACUGCUCGCAUAUACAACUGGGAUGUGCAUCAACGUAGGCUUAGACAAGCUUCUAUGCCCAAAGAGUCAUGAGGAUUGAAGGAGAUCUGUUUAGCUUCACUUACGAGGAAAGCAAAUAUUUUUCCUUACUCAGCGUUCCCAGAUUUCUUCAAUUUCCAUUUUGCCAUCUGUAUCUCUCUUUUUUGGAAUAUGUAUCCCUUUCAGAAAAGAGAUGCUAGUCAUUUUUUUUUACUUAAUGUGAUUGACAAGUUAUUUGUUUGUGUGCUUUAAGGUUAAUUAACAUAGCAUCUAAAGUAUUUAUUAUCCUGUAAUUGAAGUUCGUUUACUAAUGAGGUCUGAAGAUGUUGAAAUUGCGAGCUAAA